AUGCAUUCCACCGCGCUUCUCGAAUUCGAGCCAUGCCCUGCGGUCCAGCUGCGUGCGUAUCGAAGAAGAAUAGUCAAGGGAAAACCAAGACGCUCCGUCUCACAUGAUAGGCCAGGCAAACACAGGGUAAGCACGACAAGUCGAAUAAGCAUACCGCCGAGGCGUCUUGUUACAACCUGUGAGAUGGAAACGUGCUACAAGCCGGUCCGCAUCCGGGGUGCACCCCAGAUUCCCCAGCCAUGGUGGGAAACAUGUAGCAAGAAUGGGCUCCAGUUCGCUUUGGGGUUGGUCUGGUGCAUCGAGUUUAGCGGGUGGCCUGGAGAUCUAUCUGGACUUCAUUGCCAGCCGCGUGACAGCGGAGCUCGUGAAUGUUUGCGAAAGCUGGCGUGUAUUGCGCAGUUGAUGGCCUUAUCUGUAUGGUGGAGAGUUUGCAGAAAAGGCUUCUUUCACGAUGUUGACUCGUUGUGGGCGGCUGUCGUUUUCUGGCGGAAGAAGCUCAGGGAGGGUCCAGCGAACCCCAGCCUCUGCGGCGAUGACACGGUGCAAUAG